AUGAAACCCGUCACCUCUCUCGUGGCCCUGCGUCCGGCGACCAGCUUCCUCAGCGCCAACGGCUUGCGCGCAUCCACAAUUGCUCGAUCGUAUGCGACGCAGAAUACCCAGGGGCCGACACCUUUAGGGCCAAAGAGACGGAGUGUGACACCAUUCAACGACGAUGGAUAUGUGCCAUGGCGCGAGCUGUCCAUCCCAGAGAAGGCCGCCCGCGCCACUCAGCAAAGCUUCAACUUUGGACUAGUCUUGGUCGGUCUCGUGCUCACCGGUGGUGUCGGAUACCUUUUAUGGACAGACGUAUUUUCCCCAAACAGCAAAACGGUUCAGUUCAACCGAGCCAUCGACAAGAUCAAGAAGGACGACCGAUGUCUGGAGCUAUUUGGCGAUGCAAAGAAGAUUCUCGCCCACGGCGAAGAAACGAAUAAUAAGUGGCAGCGUGCACGACCUCUGGCAUCCUCCGAACGAGUGGACAAGCAGGGAGUUCAUCACCUGCUCUUGCACUUUCACGUCGAAGGCCCUCGCAAUCACGGUGUGGCGCAAGUCCACAUGGUCAAACUUCCCGGCCACUCUGAUUACGAGUACAAGUACCUAUUUGUCGAUGUCAAGGGCCAUGAACGCAUCUAUUUGGAGAAUUCCGAGGCGAACAGGUCCGCUACCGGCAAGAAAGGAUUUACCUUGUUUGGAGCCAAGUGGAAUUGA